GAUCGUCUAGAACCGUCUGAUAGGCGCUGCUUUUAGCAAUUAAGCGCAAGCUGAGCCAGGGUAGAUACAGACAUUAGUAGGGACCAAGGGGGAUCGAUACGUUUUCCCAGUAGUUACUGUGGCCUGGUUGGUAUGAAGACUACUUGGGGACUGGUGCUAUGAAUAGGCAUGAUGACCCACGACGCGGUACAUGACUGACACCACUAGGCCGAUAACGAGGACGGCUGAGCUGAAUGAUAAAGUAUUUCAACUAAUAGCUGGAAGAGACAGCAUAGAUGACAAGCAAUUUGCUGCGCCGCUGCUUUAUAGUUUAUCAAACUACUCAGCGCCCCUCGGAAAAGGUAUCUUGAAAGUAGGCUACAUAUGUGGGCAAAAGGAGGAGGCUUGGAGGGGGCGGGCUAGAAUAGUGCUGAGCCCAACCACCCGAUUUUCAACAUGAAGGAGGGAUUCAAGUUCGAUAAAGUCUUAGACCCGCGCG